UGUGUGCUCUGCGCGGUGGACACGCCCUUGCUUUUGUUGGAACUCGCACUGUGGAAGCGUGAUGACACGAGGGAGACUCCCUCCACCGCCGUGCAGGAACCCGAAGGAAGAGGAACUUGACACUGCUGUCGAGCACAACCCCACCGCUCCAAAAGGAUACCUGCUGAGCCGGUGACCUCUCAGCGGAUAUCCUAUUCUGAGCUUUUCAGUCCGGCUCCUCUUGCAGUCAAGAUGCCAGAAACUGCAGAAGCUGUGUCAGCGACUCUCACCACCAACAGAAACUGCACCAUAGAAAUAACCAACGUCAGCGGCAGCUACUGUCUCAUCAACCCCAAGGUCUACAUGUCCAGUGGCUUCAGCCAGCACCCGCCCCAGCCCACGGUCCGCACCGCCCGGACCGAGGUGUGCUCGUUCACCAAGGACGACAACACUGCCACGGGCGCCGUCGGCCUGCUGACCUAUGACCUGUUCCACAUGCCGAGCCGCGUCUGCAGCGAGCGCGUGGCCAUCAUGUUCUCCGUGCCCUACGACCACAACCUGUACAAGAACCGGCUGGCCGUGGGCGUGGUGGAGCAUUCCCGUGCCUGUGACAAACAUCUGUACGACCAGCUGUACGACGGGAAAGACCUCACCGACAUCACCCGCUCCGAGGCAAACGGCUGCGGCCUGGCAUACAAAGGGAAAACCGUUGAUUUGAGGGCAACAAUGUCCACCAUUGGCAAAGCCAUUGUUAAAGUGGAGCUCUAUGAUAAAAUGGGCCGUUAAUGCUGAAGAGAGUACUGAUAUUCUGCUUUUUUUUUUUAUUAUUAUUGAAAAUAAACUUCGUCUGAUUUGCCUGUUGUCAUGCAGAAAAACAUCCAGAGGAGAGGGAGACUGACUUUGCUGUCGUCUGUAUUAUUUUGGCCGCGGCGCGAUAUCAAUAUCUGACAGCCAGCUCAUUGAUUGUCCAUCAUCUUAUCACUUAGGCUCAUGUGCAUGAUACACUCCCCCCUUUUCUGUGAUUAGGGCAAUAAAACAUACAAACCCAA